AUGAACCAUACCGGGUCCGACUCAGCGACGGCUUCACGCGAUGCAGAUGGCAGGAAGCGCAAUCACAACGCGGAUAUGAACAAUGGCGCACCCAACGGGACGCGAAUCGACACGCCGGCAGGGGGAACUGCUAUUUCGAAAGACAACAACAUCAACGGCGCAUCCAUGGCAGUAGCAGCAACGGCUGGUCCCACGCUCGAACAGUACUCGGAUCUGCCACCGGAGAUCGCCCACAUCGGCCCUGAGCAGUACAACUCCCUCUCAACGCUGUUAUUGCGGAUAUCACAGGAAUCCUACAAUGAGCUCGAGGAAGUACUGAAGAACAUGGCCGCCAUUCAUAUGACUCCAGUAACCAAUGGCGCUCUUCCUAAUGGUCUUGGUGCAGCGAACAUGCAAGGAAAUGCAGAGGCAAACAGGCGUAAAAAGCUGGUUCUCCUUUCGUUCGCCCAAGAGCAGCGGUCCAAGUUCAUCAAGCUGCUAGUCCUUACCGAGUGGGGAAAGAAAGCUUCCUCUGACAUUUCUAAGCUCAUUGACUUGCUGGCCCACGCGAGUACGCAGGCAGCCCACAUGGAUGCUGCUGACUUCAAAUUGGAGAGAAUCAAGGUUCUCUCGAAUAAUGCAAGGGAGAACAAUCCGGACAUUGCGACAGCUCUGGAGGUGCUAUCAACCGGCAAAGCGUCGUGGAUGCCGAGCCUUGAUUACAUACCGCCUGAGCCCAUCUCUGCCGAGCAAGCUCUUAAACUUUUGCGUUAUAUGAACACUUCCCUCUCGAUACGCCUGAAUGUGCACGAAAGCCUUCCACGACAUCUCCAGAACUGGCGCGUGCAUUCUGGGCGCGCAACCUUUAUUAUUGACAACGAGUUGGAGUUUGACGUCAUGUCCUUUGUGGAGGAUACCUCAGAACAGUGGUUUCUCAUUGAUGUCCGGUUACUAUUCACCCCAGCGCCCACCAUCACCGUCGGUAGCCGCUUCUUCAUGCAGCUUAAGCUGCAGGCCGAUGUGGUAUUAAAGGACAAGGGUCUGACCGGUCUUUUCGAUUUCUUGAACAAUUUCAUUUUGACGCACAAAAUUUCUGUACUUCGAUCACAGGCUAUGGGCCUUGUCCGUGCCGGUUGGGCAGGCUCUCUCAAAGUUGAGCCUGUGCAUCGCUUGCUCGUAGUGUCGUACUGGACCAACAAGCCCGGAAAGAAAAACUGGAUCGAGAUUGGCGUAUCGAACAACAAGCCAAAGAGCGGCAAGGUCUCGUGGAGAGGACCACCCAUUCCGUCACUGACUACACGCUGGUUUCGCCAAGGCAAGGAGGUGAAAGAUGCCAAGUUCCAGUUUGAUUGGAAGGAUCUGUCCAUGGAAUACGUUCUCAAGCAAGUCAUCGCACGCCACACGAGCGAUAUUCUGCGUUCUACGAAGGAUAGUUUCAAAUCUGGGGUGAUGGCGAUUACACGCCUUUCCGAGACUGAACCUGCGGAUUGCACACUUAACGCCACGCUGGGUGCGACAUCUACUUCAAUGACACUGUCACUAGAGCAAGUCACUGGCAGCUACAUCUUGCGACCAGCUAGUGCACUAUCAGCGCGGGCAGAGAGCGCUUUCAACCAAGGCAGGGAGCCAGGACAGAUCGCUAAUGUAAUGGCGCAAGUACUUGCCCGGACACUGCUUAGUCUGAUCCAGAAGUACGCACAACAACUCGGCUGGCAAUCAGUAGCGAAGCAAGCUUUACAUCAGCAGGUAGUUUCGGCUGCCGUGAGGUUGGAUGUCAUUUCAUCCAUUCUGUACUGCCCUCGCGGUUGGACCCCAAGCUGGGCAUUGGCAGCGGUGAUCGACUCCUCAGGUGAAUCGUGGUGGAUUUUUGAAAUCGGAUCUGGUGGGAGAAGUAUCGAAUAUGCCGAGCAGAUCAUGAUGGACAGACCCGAUGGAAGCUCCUUGCCUAUCAAUCGCAACACCCUGGCAAGUCUCGAAAGAGUUGCCGUGCAACUGCUGUCAUUCCGUGUCACAGCUCGUCAACUAGAGAAGGAGAAGAAGAACUAUAGUUUGAAGUAUGAGCUAGGCCCCUCCGUGGAAGCUUGUCGCAUCGCCCGUCGGUGGGUUCUACAUGUGCAAACUGCCGAUCUUCUUGUGGCUCAAGUAGGCCAAGACGCAUGGCUCGAAUCAGACAUCAAGAUUACCUGCGAAGGCAUGAAAGUUGGAGGUCAAAAUGUCUGGCACAUGGCUGCUGGUAGGAUGGCCAAGUCUGUUGCUGCGGACAUGCACAAGCUCAUGGCAGCUUCACCGCAAGAUUCUUUCAAGUUCUCAGAGGACGGUAACUUCCGAAUCCUCCUUGCCACGGUCUUUGGGCAAGACUUACUUGGAGAGCUGCGAGCACGACUGCGAGGUGUCAAUCGUCUUCGUGCUUUUGCAACUACACUUCAAAAGCGUCAAAUGCGGCUCGCAUCCUCCUCUUUACAACGCGUACAAUUCCAAUACGGACCAUCACCAUACUCUGCUACUGUCAAUUUUGGUUCCGAAAAAGAACUCACUAUCGAGCUUUCACCCAGCAACCCGCACCAUCGAAUCCUGCCUCUACUCACCGAGAUUGCCAACGAUCGGAUGCCUUCCUUACCGGCCAUUAGCCUCAGCGAUGCCAAUGGUUUGGACCGCUUCUGUACGACACUCGUUGCCACCCGACCUCUCUUCAAAGUGCUUCGCGAAAUCGAGCAACGAUCGCCAGGCAACUACAGCAACCCCGCAAUUCAUGUCCACACCAUCUUCAAAUAUCGUCUCACGUAUGACAAUCCUGUCUGCACCUUCGAUGUUCGUCUCCAGCCCAAAGACGAUAAGGUGUAUUGGUUUGUCGAAGACAACUUGCGCGCAAAGGACCCCAACGUACUACCAACCCCCGAGCGUGCACCAGGUCAUAGACGCCUUGACAACCUACAGGCUAAGCUGAAGGAGCUGUUUAGUGGGAAGGGCUCAGGGUGGUUUGGUACCCGCAACGGUAUGGUGGCGGAAUUGGAUGCUAUUCCUGACGCCCUCCAGAAGCUUGAUGAAUGCGUUCUGAGCUGUAAGAUGGCGCGUGGCUAUGUUGCGCCUCCACCACUCGAGAAAUCCGUACAGCAAGGUCAUAACCAGGGCUCUGGGUUAGGUCAGCAGGCGCUCGCACAGGUGAAUGGGGGCCAGCAGGGGAAUCAACAACAGCAGCAGGCUAGGAUGCAACAACAGGCGCGCCAACAACAGCAACAGAGGCAGGGUCAAUCUGGGAAACCGCACCCGAACCAGCAGCAACAUUUGAGAGGCCAACAAGCGAAUGGCAGACCACCUCAACAACAAAUGCCAAACGGCCGCCAGCAAAUGUCGCAACAACAACAAGGCAGAGGCGGUCCAGGAGGUCGUCCAGGGCAGUCCAAAAACGAUGUCAUCACUAUCGAUUAG